UUUCUCUCUAAGCACCGCAAACUACAACUCCUCAACACCCAGCUUCUGGUUUUCCACAUUGAGAGGAGCCGGCCUGCAGACACAGCGAUAUGAGCUUUGCGCGACUAUAGCUGGUUUUCAGAUUUUCAGUUUCUUGGGAGGCUCCGGAAAGCAGACAUCUGGAGAACCAUUUUGAAGCGACGGUGAAAGAGUUCAGGGUCUUAUUUCUCAUAUUUUGGACUUCACAGUUUGCUGAAAAGAGCUUCUUGUGAAAAAGGAGAGAGAAUCGAGAUGGCGCUAAGCGUGGCACGAUCGCUUGUGACGAGCGCUGCAAACAAGGCGGCCUCAGAGGCCAUGGAUGAAGUGGCUUUGCUCAUGGGAGUACGGACCGAAAUAUGGUACAUCAAGGAUGAGCUUAAAAUAAUGCAAGCCUUCUUGAGAACUGCUGAAAGGAUGAAAGAUAGCGAUGAGCUGGUGAAAGUAUGGGCGGAGCAAGUAGAGGAUGUGUCAUAUGACAUUAAAUAUUGCCUGGACGAAUUCAAAGCUAAUUUGGGGCACCCAGGCUGCUUGCAGUGGCUCGUGAAGGUUAGAUAUCGCCAUCAAAUUGCUAUCCAGAUUCGUAACUUGAAAGUAAGAGUUGGAGAGGUAAGCAACAGGAUCCAACGUUAUAGUCAUUUAAUGAUGCCCAUAACAUCUAGCAGCAUUGAUGAGAGGAAAUAUUACAAGGAUGAGACUAGUUCUUACACGGAAGACGUUCACAAUUGGUCACAAAGCAGCAUUGUUGAAUCAGAAGAGUUGUACUUUUCCAAGCAUAUGACAACAAUGAUUAAGCUAAUGGAUGUCAACAUGAGUCAUGGUCCAGCCAGUGUGAUACAUGUCGUUGGCAUGGGUGGUACAGGCAAGACUACUCUUGCAAGGAAGAUCUAUGAAAGUGAUAUCAGGGAGGAUUUUUGUGUGUGUGCUUGGAUCAUGGUCUCGCCGUCAUUUGUCAGGAUGGAGUUUCUCAAAGUUAUGUUGAAACAACUUUUUGGCGGGGAAGCAUUAAGGAUGCAACUUGAAGGGAAUGUAGUGUGGGAACAGGACCUCCUCAACUAUAUUAGGCAAGAGCUACUUGACAAGAGGUACUUUGUUGUUCUUGAUGACAUAUGGAAUAUAGAUGCUUGGAAUUGGAUCAAAUCUAUUUUUCCCCCUUAUAAUAACAAAGGCAGCCGAAUCAUAGUAACAAUGCGAGAUGUUGGCCUAGCUCAUAUGUGUACUUCAGAAUUUGGUCACACACAUAUCUACGACCAUCAAGUCCUAGAAAAGAAUGAUGCCAUAAAAUUGUUGCUAAGGAGGGCGAGGAGGAGUGAGGAAGAUAUGAACAAUGACCAGAACAUGAGGGAAGUAGUUACUAAGAUAGUAAAUAUAUGUGGACGGUUGCCCCUAGCUUUACUCACAAUAGGAGGCAUGCUUUCCACUAGAGAGACUAGUGAGUGGCAAAGUAUCUAUAACCAGCUCCCCGUAGAGCUUGAGAGCAACCGAAGCCUUGAAGCUUUGAGGAGGAUGGUUGUUGUGUGUUAUGACGACUUGCCAUCUCAUCUUAAGCCAUGUUUUCUAUACAUAAGCAUCUUUCCUAGGGAUUUUGAGAUCCAAGUGAGGCAUUUGAUAGAUAGAUGGAUUGCAGAGGGAUUUGUUACAUCUGGGGUUGGGAUGGAUAUUGAGGGUGUUGCAAGGAGUUACUUGUAUGUGUUAAUCAAUAGAGGUAUGGUUCAACCAUCAAGAGUUGAUAUAGAUGGAAGUGUUAAGAGUUGUAGAGUCCAUGCUGUCAUCUUUGAUAUCAUGAAAUCCAUUUCAAGAGAUGAAAAAUUUGUAUACUUCACAAGGGAUAUUGUUACAAGUGCACCAGAGGAGAACUUCCGCCAUGUAGCACACCAUCAUCAGAAGUGGCCAAAGAUUGGCUUGGAUUGGAGUCAUGUUCGAUCAUUGAGUAUGUUUGCUGUGAUCCCCACGGAACCAACACCACCAGUCUGUUCAGCCUACCUGAGGAUGCUAAGUUCCUUGGAUCUUCAGGAUGCACAAUAUAGUAUCACACAGAAAGAUAUCAACAACAUAGGGUUAUUGCGCCGUUUGAAAUAUCUGAAUGUUCGAGGACAUUCAAGUAUUUCCGGGCUUCCAGGAUCCAUAGGAAAACUACAUGGCUUACAAUAUUUGGAUGCAAGAAAUAGUUGCAUCACAUCAUUACCAAGUGAGAUCAGUACACUCCAUAGUCUGUGUAGCCUUCGCUGUAGCAGUAAAAAAGUUGAUCUAGAUGGCCCACAGGAAGGCUUGACGCACACAUUGUGCCUGCCCAUGGUAUUCACAUCUUUUCUUAAUUCUGUACCCCGUGCUGAGUCUGGGGGUGUGAGAGUGCCAAGAGGGAUCGGUGACUUAAAAGAGUUACGGAUACUAGAGGUUGUAGACACGAAACGAACUAGUAGCAGAGCAAUUAAAGAGCUAGGGGAGCUUAUGCAGCUAAGAAAGCUAAGUGUGGUAACAGCAGGGGCCACGAAGCAAAAAUGUAAGGUACUUUGUGCAGCCAUUGAGCAGCCAUCUUCUCUCCGCUCUCUUCGUGUAGAUGCUGGCACAAGCUCUCUCGAGUGGUUACACUCUGUUUCAUCUCCUCCCCCAAUCCUGAGGAGCCUGAAGCUGGUUGGAUUUCUUGGAGAGAUGCCAGACUGGUUGGGAAGUUUGAUGCAUUUGGUGAAGAUUCGCCUAGAGGGGAGUAAACUGAAGGGAGGUAAAACCAUGAAAUUACUGGGGGGACUGCCCAGUCUCAUGCUCCUUGGUCUUUGUAAUGAGGCUUAUGCUGGAGACAAACUAGUCUUCGGGGAGGAAGAAUUCCAAAAUCUCAGACAACUUGAUUUUAAUGGCAGUAUGGGAGUGAGAGAGGUGAGAUUCGAGGCGGGCACCUCGCCCCGCAUGGAAACGAUGCAAUUUGGCCAUUGCGAGUUGGAAUCAGGGGUCAAUGGUGUCAAGCACCUUCAAAGACUCAAGGAGAUUUCAUUUGGUUCCGCUGGUAAAGUGGCAAAUCUUGGUGCGCUGCAAGGUGAAGUGGACGGGCACCCCAACCGUCCCAUUCUGCGACUCAGGGAUGACUGGAGGUAUCACGACCUGGGUGACGUCGUCCAAGGAUCCAGUCCUGCAGUGCAAGCAGCGGCAACCGGAGAGAGCUCCUCCUCCCAGGUGGUGGUCCUGAGGACGACGGAGAUCGAGAUCGACAGCAGCCAAGACCCUGAAAUAAGGGAGGUCCAAGGCUCUGCUUUGGUGGAAGACGAUUUCUGGUCCUGCAAUUCCGACGACGACGACGAUGCUUGAUGAUUGGUCAACGCCCUCGCUGGUACCUAAAGGAGAUGUUGCUCGCUUAUACUUGUUGCUGCUCUGGAUGAUAUAGCUAUCCGUUUCCUUUCCUGUUGCCUGUUCUGAUUACUGCCGCCAUCUUCGGACGCCAUCCUGGACGAACUGGAGCAAUUCUGCUAAAAGGGAACUGAGCAGGGAGCUUCUCAGCCAUCUUGUGCUGCCAAGGGGUACUGAAUAAUGUCAAGCGAAGUUGGAAGCCAUGGGAUUUUUUUCUGAUCCAGUAGGGAGUUCACAUGCUCGACACUCAACAGUCCGUCUCCAAAGCGUGAUAGCUGAUGCAGAAAAUGCAAUGGACUAUCAAUCUCAUGAUGCAAUUAAUGCGACUUGUGGCAGAGCAUUACCUAAUUUUCUUCUGAAGGAGGAGGGUUUAAUCCAUGGAAGUACCAGAGGAAUCUUGAUAUUUAGGAGGAGCUUAAGAAACUCGUGCAGAUGAGAAUGUUCUGAAAUGUGAACUGUGAAUCUGUGAUCACGCUGAUAACUGCUGGGGAGAAGACGUGGGAAAUGCAACGGACUACACCACACGAGAUGCUGCUGCUUCUUAAGCUGCAUAUACGCACUGUCAUGCUGCAAUUGGCCAUCACAUUCAGCUCUCCAAGUUCUGUGCUGAGUGGUGGCCUCUGAUAUGGUGCAAGGUGAACCUGAGAGGGAUCUUCAAAUUUCUCCACCGCGAAUGGUAGAGGAACGCACUGAUCACGGGACUACUCCGCUCCGUACAGAGCAAGUCUUGCUGCCACUAUGUCUGUGCUUGUUUGUAAAUGAAGAAUGGUGAUUGCAUCUUUUGUUAUCCAUUUUCUGCAAAAUUUGAGUUGGUGCAAUAAUGCGCCUGCUAUGUAUGCCCAUUAACUUGCGAUUUUCAUCGGUUUGGGUUUGCCGAUUACAGUUUGUUGGAAAAAGGCCACGCGGCGGCAUACCAAA